AUGAUUUUUAAUGAAAAUUUAAGUAAAACAAGACAAAAUUGGCAAUGUUGUCUCUUUAUCGGUUACUCCAUAAAUUAUGAUUUUUAACACGUAACCUCGAUGGGCAAAAUUUGCAUAUCAUUACAUCAUUUUGUAUCUUAUACGUCAAAAGAAUUACGAGAAUAAAAUUAUAAAAGUUUAUAUACUAAUCUGUUUAAUUAAUUCUUUUGUAAAUGAAAAUUUGAUAAAACUAACCUCUUCACAAUGUAAUUAGGAAAACAAAUUUUGUCGACCUGAAAGUCGAAUUUUUAAACUAUCUAGAAAUUAAAUUAAUAUCUUAAUUCACAGCAUUGAUUAAAGAGAGAAUAAACCGGGUAUAAAAUGGGAAUUUGUGUCUCAGAGUCUGAAAUACCGAUCAGAAAAAAUAUCACUGAUUUUUUAGCGCACUCUACGUUCAAACACAGACGAGAUUCAUAUACCUCGUCUGUGAUUGACAGCGUGUGAAAUUGCGUUUAAAUUUCUCUAGUUAUUUCACUGCGGAAAAUUUAACUUUCUUAUCUAACGAUCCGUAAUUUAUGGAAGUUUCUUUGAAGAUGUUUCUUUUGGGUUAAAUGAAUUUUUCUAUUAAUUUUUAGUAAGAAGUUCCAUUUGUAUAAAAUUCGAAAUUAAAGGAGGAGAAAUGAUGGAAGGUAGUUUAACAAGAAAUAAUGUUAAAUAUUUUAUAGUCGACAACGAAUUUCAGUCUAUUCGUAGUUUAUAAUAGUUUAAUAAAAAUGUUUUAUGUCAAAAUUUCAACUGAUAUUAUAUUUACUUUAUUUCUAAAUAAACAACUUGGAAUAACCUACAUUGUAGUAUUUUAUUAAGUUGCAGCUAUGUGUUGAUAAGUUAUGUUAAUACUCAUUCAUACUUGUUUCAGAAGAAUUGAAGGAUAAUAUUGGUAAAUUAAUUGAAGAACUACGGUUCUUGGUAAAAUCUGAGAAAAAAAUUGAGGAUAUCAAUCAAGUAUUGGACUCUAUUGUUAAUAUUAGCAAAACUUCUAUUGGAGAGAGUACUGAGUUUACUAUAGAUGAUGUUUUUUUAACUUUACUGCAUCAUGAAUCUAAAGAAAUUAUCGCAAAGACUGCAAAAGCAAUUGCUGAAAUUGCAAAAAGUGAAAGAGGAAGAGAAAAAUGCACUAGCACAGAUUUGAUAAAUGCAUUAAUAGAUCUGUUGAAAGAAGAUCGAAUUGAUGUAUUGACACAGACUUCUAGGGCUUUGGGGAAUAUUUGUUAUGAGAAUGAAAAUGGUAAAAAGUUUGUUGAGGACAAAAAUGGAUUGAUAUCGAUUCUGGCAGUAUUGGAAAAAAGUAUUGCAUUGAAAGAUGUAGAAGGUGCACCAUUUCUUCGCAAUGUUGCUGCAGGACUUUUGUUAAACUUUCUUGACCGACCAUCUCUUCAUAUAGAGGCACUGAAAAAAGAAGUAGUACCAAUUAUCUGUAGUAUUUUAGAAAUCGAUGGAAGUACGGGUGGAGAGGCUGCAAUGCAUUCUCUUUUAAUACUGGGAAUAUUAAAUGAUGCUAAUAUAAUAUUUUUAGACGAAAGACUUACACAAAUUUUAGUAAAUAUCUUAUCCACUUAUACGUCAUCAGAACUUUCUGAAACGUGUUUAGAACUUCUUCAUGGGCAAGCAGAAGAUGAGAAUGCAAAGUUGCUUCUUGCCAAAGCAGGUGUUUGUGAAUUAUUGUUAAAAUUAUUGGAAAAGCAUAGUCCAUAUUGUACAGAUGAAGAAACAAGAUCUGUGUUGAAGAUUGCUUGCAAUUUAAUUGUUCUUAUAUUAAUUGGAGAUGAUAGUAUGAACUAUCUGUACGAUCAGAGUAAUGGUAUUGCCUAUAAAAAACUAGUUGAGUGGCUUGAAAGUGAAGAUAAAGAUUUACAAAUUACAGCUGUAUUGGCAAUGGGCAAUUUUGCACGUACAGAUGCUCACUGCAAACUCAUGGUUGCACAAGGUGUUCACCGCAAUCUUCUGAAACUACUUCAAAAAAAUAAUACAAAUGUCGCUGAUAUAAGAUCUCAACAUGCAUUACUCAGCGCUUUGAGAAAUCUUGUUAUUCCUGCGGAUAAUAAACCUGUAAUAUUAAAAGAUGGAUUGAUAGAUGUCUUAUACUCUAUGCUGGAUGUUUCAUCUUAUUCAGUUGUAUUUAAACUGCUGGGCACUUUAAGAAUUGUUAUCAAUGGUCAAAGCGAAGCGGCCAUUGAGUUAGGAAAAAGAGAUGGUUUAAUGAAAAAGGUUGUCAAUUGGUGCGAAGUUGAAGAACAUCCUGGAGUCCAGGGUGAAGCAAAUCGUUUAAUUGCUUGGUUGAUUAAUAAUAGCAGAAAUAAAGAAAUAGCACUUUUAGCAAUGGAACAUGGAGCUGUUAAAUGUCUAAUUAAAAUGUUAACAGCACCACAUAUUUUAAUGCUAAAUGAAGCUUUAAUCGGCUUGAUGAUAUUGACUACAACUUCCUUGGUUGAAUGUGAGAGUCUUCUUAUUAAGGAUGAUAUAGGAGAGAAACUUUGCAAACUUUUUAGUACUUCAAACAAUUUGGAAGUAUCAGUUUUGCAUAAUGUUUUAAGUCUAGUAGAUAAUAUUCUUAAAUCAGAUGCCUUAAAAGAACAUCUGCGAAAAACUGAUUUAAUAACGUUAUGUCAAGAAACAAAUUUAAUCAAAGAAGAACCAAAACUUGAUGAGAAAUUGGGAAAAAUUCGCGAAAAAAUUGCAUAAUUAAAUAUCAGGGAAAAAGCAGAAUUUGGAAACGUAUAAUUAUAAAUAUAUAUGAGAGAUACAAACAUCCAAAAUAUAAAACAUUUUUUAAUUAAAUGAAAAUAAUUCUUCCUAUUCUUGUCUAAUGAUCAAAAUGAUGCCAAUGUAACAUCAGUAUACAUUACAGUUUACAAGUACAAUGAGAUUAUCGUCAAAAAAUCAUAUAAUAUAAUAAUUUUUAACAUUUUUCAAUUUUAGUAUUUUACUGAUUAUACAUUUUUCUGUUAUAGAUGUACCUCCCGCUUAUAUAUACAUAUUUAAAAUUAUUUUGUAUUUUAUAUAUAUAUGUAUGUAUGUAU